CACAACUCGUUCACUUACCCAAUUCUUCAUUUCUUCCCUUCUCUCUCUCUCUCUCUCUCUCUCUUUCCUCUCCUCCGCCACCCUCCGUAUCUCCAUUAGCGCCACCGCGCGCGACUUCCCCCUUAUAUACAAGUGGUUGGAGUUACAUCUUCACAGUCUCUAGCUCUAUACUCUGUUGGGCGAGUUUAGGAUUGAUGAUGAUGAAGAAGGACGAUUGGAUUGCAGCGGCUCUGAUGGACGACGCAGUGGUGGUGGAGAUGCUCUUCCGCCUCAAGCACUCAUAUUUGUCGCCGCCGCCGUCAGAUGCGUCUUUGUUCCUCUCCCUCCCGCCGUUUCACUGGGGAAACCGGCAGCCGCGCUCCAAGCCGCCGAAAUGGUCCGCCACCGCCAGGCGUAGCCCUACCACGCCGCUGUCGUGGAGCGGAGGCUCCGCGUCCCCUAGCGACGGCGGUUGCGAUGAGUCCAGCCGCCCGCCUCCCUCCUCCGAUCUCUCCUCCGUCUUCAGAUCUAAGUGCACUGUCACCAAUGAAAUCUUCCGCAACAUUAGCAGCCAAAGAUCAAAAAGGAAGAAGACAUUUGCUGAGCUUAAGGAGGAAGAGAACUCACUUUUGAAAGAAAGGGUACACUUGGAGAGGGAACUGGCUUCAAUGCAUGUGACCCUCAAUCAACAAAGAGCAAGGAGUGACAACUUGAAGAAGAUAAAAUUUGAUUUAAACCUAGAAUCAGAAAAUGAACAACCGGUUUACUUGGAAUCAACAAAGACACGACCUUCUGUCUUGCCCAGACAUAAUACAACAAAAGAUGAGCCAGUCUCAUCAGAUUCAUGCAGGCCCCAGAACAAUAGAUGCUUCAUCCUGCCCGAUCUUAACAUGGAGCCAUCAGAAGAGGAAAUUGGAUUGCUGUGGGAUUGAUUCAAGAGAAACAGUUUAUUUCUCUUGCUUUUCUGGAAGCAGCAUUGGUUGCAUAUGGCUGAGAAGCCUGCACUUGUAAAUUACAUAUUAGAAGAUCAUUUUCACCUGAGACAAAGUCUCAGAUGUGAUAGCUCACAACUCAGAAUUUUGCAUGCAAUGGAGUUUGUGAGUUACGAGGGUAGUAGUAUAGAGAACUUAUAAACAGCUUAUAUGUAGAAAUUAAUUCAUAAAUUUUUGCAGGUUUCUGCUAGUUAGUCUUGUUUUAGAGACAAAUGAAUAUUUUAUUUAUUCUA